AUGCAAGCCGCUUUCCUUCGAGAAUACAAGUUGGUCGUGGUGGGAGGUGGUGGUGUAGGAAAGAGCGCAUUGACAGUGAUGUUCAUCCAAGGUCACUUUGUGGACGAGUAUGAUCCGACCAUCGAGGGUGAGUGUGCGAGGCAGCGUGGGUCGUGAAAUUGCCCGCCUAGGCUGAUGCUCGAACCUCUCGACGCCGAUCAGACUCUUACCGAAAGCAAUGCGUCAUUGAUGAAGAGGUCGCAUUGCUAGAUGUGUUAGAUACUGCUGGGCAAGAAGAGUACAGGUGAGCAUCACAGGGGAGACCGGACUGCUCAUAGGCAGCACCGCUUCGAGCAAGCCCGCAUGAGCUUCGCUGGCCGGGAGAGCGAGCUUGUGGAGUCGUGGAGCUGACAUGGAGCUGCUUUGACGAUCAGUGCGAUGCGAGAGCAAUACAUGCGCACAGGCGAGGGUUUCUUGCUCGUCUACAGCAUCACGUCGAGGAACAGCUUUGAGGAGAUCACGACAUUCCACCAGCAGAUUUUGCGCGUCAAGGACAAGGACUACUUCCCAGUGAUCAUUGUUGCGAACAAGUGCGAUUUGGAGUACGAGAGGCAAGUGGGCAGUCAUGGUGAGUGGAUCUUCACCCCCAGCUGUGUUCGGGCAUCUUGUCGCAUACUGAAAGUCGCAUGCGACGACAUCUCUUCCAGAGGGUCGCGAAUUGGCCAAGCACUUUGGAUGCCGUUUCAUCGAGACUUCGGCAAAGCAGCGCAUCAACGUCGACGAAGCCUUCUGCAACCUUGUGCGCGAGAUUCGUCGGUUCAAUAGGGAGCAAGCUGGUGCGAGGCCUGGCGCACCAGGAGCAAUGGGAGCUGUGGGCGGUAUGGAGUAUGCGCAACCGGGGGGCAACAAGCAAGAAGGAAGUUGCUGCGGUUGCAAAUGCGUGGUCUUGUGA